AUGACACAACUCAUCUCCAGCUUCCUGACGUGCAUCGAAAAGACCACAUACGAUCGGAACCAUGGCCCGAUCCUGCACAAGUCGGCUGAUCAACACCGUGUGGUGGUCGAUGGCCUCGUCUCAAACCCGCUAGAGCUGUCACUCGCUUCCCUCGCCCACGACUUCCCUCAACACACCGUCACAUGUGCUCUGCAGUGUGCCGGUAAUAGGCGACACAGUAUGCGCACCCGUAUCAAGGAAGUCUCGGGCGUUGAUUGGUUCGAUGGGGCCCUCAUGAAUUGCGUCUUCGAAGGACCCCUGGUUCGCGACAUCCUACUCGCUGCGGGCGUGAACGAAGAGCCUCUGCAGGGGCGGGUACGACCUGGGCACGUUCAAUUUGCGAGCUUUGGGAGUAAGACCCAGGAAGAUGAUUGGUAUGGGGGCUCCAUCCCCUUUUCGAGAACGAUGGACCCAGACAUGGACGUGAUCCUGGCGCUCAAGAUGAAUGGCAAGCCGUUGCCGCCUCGUCACGGAUAUCCUGUUCGAGCGAUCGUACCAGGUGUGUUAGGAGCGAGGUCUGUCAAAUGGCUCGACCGUAUCACCGCAUCGACAGACGAGUCGCCAUGCUUCUAUCAGCAACACGAUUACAAGGUUCUGCCACCUGAAGCAGUAGACAUGCAAGUUGCUGAACAGUUUUGGUCCAAGACCCCAGCCAUGCUGGAGAUGCCGGUCAAUGCCUGUGUCGCCACUCCCAAGCCUGAAUCAACCAUUACCCUUCCAGCAUCUGGGCUGGUUGAGGUCAGAGGAUACGCAGUUCCACAGGGUCGUUCUGGACCAGUGGUUCGUGUGCAGGUCUCUGGCGACGAAGGGGUCACCUGGGUCGAUUCGCUUCUCGAGGACGGUGGCGAUCAGGCCAGUAAGUGGAGCUGGGUCCUUUGGAGCGCGAAAAUCAAGAUUUCGCCAGGCAAGGGAAGGAAAAUCUAUGCCAAAGCGACGGACGCGGCGGGCAACACCCAGGAGCAGCCGCGAUCGACGUGGAACGUUCGCGGCGUUGCCUACAAGUAA